UCGAAUCAAAAUUUUAAAACUGACAAUUGACAUUUCAUUUCCAACGUGACAUGAAAAAUGUCCUUGCUAUCGUUAAAAUCUCGUGUCAACUCGUCACUGCCUUUUCAAGUGAAAGAAAUUCAUAAUCGAUGCCGUAUUGGGAACCGCGACUGGGUCGGCUUUGGUGUAAAUGGCAGCGCCAAUUACAAGGAUGAUUCCCACUUUCCGUUCCCAGCAGUGAGGUUUAAGGAAAACACUCGGGAUAUCUGUGCACUCCGCGAGAAAGAGAAAGGUGACUGGCGUAUGUUAUGCUGCGAAGAGAAGAAAGCGCUGUACCGGGCGUCGUUCUGCCAGACCUUCGCCGAGUUCCAGCACCCCACGGGCCAGUGGAAGGGGAUCCUGGGGCUGGGGCUCGUCUGCUGCUCGUUCACGUUUUGGGUCUUCAUGUUUAACCAUUUCUAUGUGUACGAGCCCCUGCCCCCGACGCUGGCGAAGGCGGCACAGAAGGCGCAGCUGCGGAGGAUGCUGGAGCUCCGCGUCAACCCCAUAGACGGGAUCUCAUCCAAGUGGGACUAUGAUAAUGAGAAGUGGAAGGAUUAAGCAAGUACUUAGAAUGUUGUGAGGCUUAAGCUUCAGCGGCCGGCCGACCGUUUGAUAGAACAAAGUAUUGCAAGUUUGUCUUCUGAUGUUUUAAGUUGUUUUCUUCAUUUAAUUAAUAAAUAGUUUUUACAUGAUUA